CAGCAUCACAGCGGGAUUUAUUUAUGUCUCUGCCUCGUCAUAGGCGGGGUUUCAUUUAUGCUGCCCUUAAAGGAAGUUCUCUGAAUCAUGCCAGUGUCACUCAGGACCGACCAAACCGGAACAGCGACGCAUUUCGAGGAGUUUCUGUCUACCUGUCCGUCAGGUGCGGAUCAUCCAGCGGCGCGGCUCACCGCGGGGCGCGAAGCGGCUCCAGGCCGUUUCCUCAGCAGCGAUGUGUGACUGUCUGCUGGCGUGUGUGCGGCGGCUCCUCCCGGAGAAACCGAACCACGGAGACGGGAAUAACAAGGUGGAUGCUGACGGGAAGCCGGUCAGCCCGCAGCCGCCGCCGCAGCCGCCUCCUCCGCCGCCGGACAGGCCGGAGAGGCCGUCGGAAAACACCAUUUACACCGGGAUCUGGCCGUUCGACGCCCGGCACCGGAACGAGCUGUCCUUCCAGGUGGGGGACCUGCUGGAGGUCAUGUGCCGCAACGGAGACUGGUGGACGGCCAGGAAGAUCGAGAAGAACGGGCGCAUCCUGGGCACCGGGAUAGUUCCGCACAACUACCUGGCCAGAGCGGAGUCCCUGCAGAUGCAGCCAUGGUUUUUCGGGUCGAUGAGUCGCUUUGAAGCCCAAAACAUCCUAAUGGAGCCAACAAACGAGGAAGCCUCUUUCCUGGUUCGGAGAAGCGAGAGGGACAACAUCGGAUACGUUCUUUCAGUGAAAUCCAACAAUGCAGUCCGGCACUUUCGCAUCCUAAAUAAAGAAAGGAGUUUUUAUGUGGAGCAGAGUCAGAGGUUCAGUUCUCUGGCUGACCUGGUGAACUACUACAGCGAACACAGCCUCAACGACAUCGUCUCUCUGGGGAGUCCGUGCAACAAGAAAAAGCCAAACAUCGAAAAUAUCAGCCACUUGCUGGAUGAUUGGGUUCUCCCGAAAAACGAGUUCACCAUCGAGAACCAACUGGGCAACGGCUGUUUUUCGCAGGUCUUCCGCGGUCGCUGGAAGAACCACAUCAACGUUGCCAUCAAGGUCUUGAAAAAUGACUCUGUGGACAACACAGAGUUUCACAGGGAAGUAGAAAUCCUGAAGAGGCUUCACCAUCGUCACCUGAUCUCCCUGUUCGCCAUUUGCACCGAAUCGUCGCCGUAUUACAUCAUCACCGAGCUGAUGGAGAAAGGCAGCCUGCUGCAGUUCCUCAGAGGGGAUGAAGGACAAAAUCAAGACGCUGCGUCUCUGAUUGACAUGGCAACCCAGGUGACUGAUGGGAUGUCGUACCUGGAGGAGCAGAAGAGCAUCCACAGAGACCUGGCAGCUCGAAAUGUCCUGGUAGGAGAAGACUACAUCUGCAAGGUGGCCGACUUUGGGCUGGCACGACUCGUCAAGGAGCCGUUUUACAUCUCGGAAGAGAAGAAGAUUCCCUACAAAUGGUCGGCGCCUGAAGCCAUCAGCCACGGGAAGUUCUCCAUCAAGUCAGACGUUUGGUCUUUUGGGGUUUUGCUCUAUGAGAUUAUGACCUAUGGCAGUGUCCCAUAUCCAGGCAUCAACAACCGGGAAGUUUACAACAAAGUCAAGAGCGGCUACCGGAUGGAGGCACCCAACAAAUGCCCCAGCUUCGUCCACAGCAUCAUGCUGAAAUGCUGGCAGGAGCAGCCAGAGGACAGGCCGACCUUCAAAGACCUCAAGGACAUGCUGGAGAGAAGCUCCUAUGAGCUGGAUUCGCCACCAGGGGGCAGCAGGGAGCAGUAAUCUGUAUACAAACAUGGCCGCUGCUGUGACAGAGAAGUGAAAUACGGUAGUUUGACAGCCAAAACGAAGACUGGCUUUUACAGCUUUAAAGACUCUUCACAUCAUCACAACAAGAACAGAAUCUAAACCAGGGGUGUCCAAAGUACGGCUCCGGGGCCAUUUGUGGCCCUCAGAACAAUUUUGGACAGCCCUCGAUUUUUAUUCAAGAACACUCUAAAUUUGAUGUUUUUACUGAUGCCAGGUUGUUUAAAAAAAGAUACAAUGGAAAAUGCAAAGUCCAACACACAGCUUUGAAUUUAAUGUAAUUUAUUAAUAACAGGUAAAAAAAAACAAAAAAAAACAAUAAAAACAUCCAGUGGUUUUUACUAAAAUUCAGACUUGGGCCUGACCAUUUAGUAAACCUGGCAAAAACUAAACUAAAGACACAAAAACAAAUCUAGAAAAAGAUAACCAAUCUGAAAUAUGGUUUCUUGUUUUAAAUAUGGCAAACAUGCAUAUUUUGCCAUAUUUAUUGCAAAUUAUUGCAAAAUACGAUGCAUUUUCUUUGCAGGGUGAGUAUUUUUAUUUUUUUUUUAAUGUUUUUUUUUUUAACUGUAAUAAUUGUCAACAGAAAUCUGACAAUCAUUGUAGAGUUUCAUUAAAAUAUUAUGAGUUGAUUCUAUAAUUUAUUUAGCAGGCUAAAAUAAAAAAUAAAAUUGUUUUUCAAUUAAAAUACUCAAAGUGUUGUGGCCCCUGGAUCAGUUUCAACCUGACUUUUAUGGCCCAAAUGUCAAACGUUUGGACACCCCUGAUCUAAACUUUGCUCAAAAGGUCACUGAAGAUGCAACUUAUUAAUAAACUUUUACACUACUAGUGGGGAUGUUUAAGAAUGUGCAAUAGGAACGAUGUGAGUCGUCCAAAAGGGAUUCAUUUCUCUUUGUUUCUUCGUUCCUAAAGAGGAAACUGUAAAUAUUCUAGAGCUCAUGUUCAAGUCUCACUGACAGGUUUUAGUUAAUAUUACAACUUUCGGAUUGUGAAAUAAAUUUGUUGCAGCCAGUUUUAAAGCAACCAGACGUAAGUCCAAAUUUUUCCAAAACUUCAUUUUGUGGCCUUCAGAUUUGAACUCGGUGGUGAAAUCUGGAUGAUUCUCCUGCUGUGUUGCUCCACUGUGUCUGAACUUCCAGAGUAACUAAAACCUAGUUCAACUUUUUUAAAGUUACAAUGUCUAAAUUUGUCAUUUAGGGCUCUAUAUUUAUGUUUUUGUGCAAAUGUUGACAUUUUUAUGCAAUAAAAUAAUAAUAAUCCAAAAC